CGUCCUCAAUAGCGUACCGUCGGAAAUCAAGAGUCAGCGAACAAAAUUCUCUGGGUCCCAUUUUGUAGCUAAGACUUUUCCCUAUGACAUGGCUAGAUUAGCUGAUGACUAGGACAACGUAUUCCCAAGGUACUGCGUUCGAGCCCAUCUAGUGCCCAUGCAAAGUUUGCGAUUGUCUUGGUGAAGUAUUCUUGCUUGUUACCGAGGGGUUAUCGGUAAAAUCGACAAACCUGGAAGAAAGCGAGAGAGUCUUGAAGAAUACAAUUUUUCCGUAGACACUUCAGAUUCUAGUCUAGGACGGCCCCUUCUGACGUACACGUUUGUAUAAUAACAUUUUUACCGAUAGACGAAAAUAUCCAGCUGACUGGGGAAAGUAAAACUGAGAAUGGAUAGAAAGUAAGGGUAAAGAGUCAUAUAUAUACAUAUGUACGCUGAUAUUGUUCACUGUCGUCAUGUUUACCUGAUUAUUAGACUAUACUCCGAUUUCUGUGUAUGUAUCUGCAUGCAUGAAGACCUAACACUCCACUCUGUUCUAACGAUAUAUUUCGAAUCGAUAGAAUGAAUAAAAACACAAUCAUAUAUACAUAAAAAGAGAAUUUACUAACAAAGAGAGGGUGAUAAAAAUGGAAAGUAGGACAACAAUUGAAGGACGAUGACGACUGUCUAGCGUUGGUUGCAAGAGAGAGAGGGACGCUAAUGCUGAUGAUCAUCUUAGUAAACAUUAAAAGCUAGCGUUCAUCUGUGUUAUAUUUAUUUGUUAGAUAAAUUAAACAAAACAUUGUGCAGUUCUGCACUCUUUUUACGUAUGUCUUUUUAAAACUGUAAUUCCAAUCAGACUGAAUUUUUGUCAUAAUUAAACGAUACGUUUAAAGUAACCUGCAGAUAUUUCAAAUCCGAUGAUUUCAUGAGUUUCAUCAAAAUAGUUCAAGUAGGAAGAAUUUUGAUUUUAAAAUAGGCAGUAGAGAGUUAGUAGAGUCAUUAAAGUUUAUCUUUUUUCUUUUCCAUAUCUAUCGUAAAAGAGCUCUGGUCUUGUGUUCAAACUUUCUUUCUUUUUCACUUAUUUUCUUCAUUCGAGGUGUGUGUUCUAUGAUAUAAACCCUCAAGUUUUUAACGUGUACCGACAAAAGCAGCAGUCUAUAUAAAAUAAAAUGAAAAGUACAUAUAUGACGUUUUAGUCCUUGAAAUGUUACACGUUUUUGUAACAAGCAGAGUGGUCAAAAACAGCUAAUGAGAAACUUUUGUGAAACAUGAAAAAUUCGAUUUUGUGAAUAUCCUUCUGGAAAAGAACACACUGCAAGAAAAGUCUUUAGUGUACAAAAACCGUAUUUUUCACCAGACAAGCUUAGUGGAUAAUUCUAAACCAAACACGUGAAAAGAGGCGUCGUCAUUUUUACUUACCGAUAGAAACAAUAAUCUCUUGUCGCAAACAUCAAUUAGCUAAACAAUUUUUCCUUUCAAAAAAAUUGCACUUAACGAGACCGAUUUUAGAAUAAGGAUAUAUAGUUUGUAUCUUGACCUCUAAUGACACUUUCAAAGGCUUUUUCAUGCGCAGUUCGGUAAGAAGUGAUUUGACUCAGUAUGUUCGUAUUGAACUUUAUUGGAAUUAAAUAAUAGAAAAAAGAAAUUAAAUCUUUUUAUACAACAAACAAAAUAGUACCUUAAAUAAAAACAAAUGUAUAAGUUCGGAUAUUCGUUUAUUAAAUAUUUUUAUCCUUUGAGACAACCAAAAAGUGAUUUUGUUGCAUAAGGCAAUAAUUUAUGAAUUGCACGUAUAGUGCUUCUGUUGACAAUAACAAGUAUCUGUUGAUUAAAAUUUCAUUUUCUUCUGCACAAGAAGCAAAUUUUUUCUUUUUACUUUUUAUUUAUAUGAAGAAAAUGAUUGUACGCUUUUAAAAACAGCAAAGUUCAUAAUAUUUUGCCAUAGCAAAAAAAGAGAGAUUAUGUAAACAACAAAAUUCUGUCGACAUUGCGACCUGUAAAUACAUUUUAGAGAAAAUAGAAACUAAAAUUUUAAAUCAAUAAACUUUCAAAAGAUAUAUAUAGGCAUUUUUGACAGUAAAAAAGUUUAGUUGAUUGGCACACGAAGGAAGAGACCAUCCUACAAGCAGAAAUGAUGACGUCUCUUUUUACGUGUUUCAUUUUAAUAUCAUUCUUCAUAUCACCAAGUAAGUGUUCUAAGAUAUCUCUAGUACUUAAAGAUUAGUCUUUUAGUUUAUGUCGCAUACAUUAUAGUAGAUCGAUGCACAUAUUUUGAUUUAAAGAUAAGAGAUAUCUUAUUCUGUAUGUCAUCAUUCUUAUUAACUACCGCCAGUUUCUGAAGUUCUAAAAUUCGUAGCAUUACACAGUUGUAGCUUAUAUCUUUUUUUCGUUUUUCCAUUAAACUAAAGUGAAGCAAAGUAAGAUAAAUCAAUCAUUGACAACUCUCAACUUCUACUAUAGGUCCAAUGUAUUACUAUGUUUUUGUCUCUUUUCGUACGCUUGUCUGUUAUCAUGUACAUACUAUUGCAAAAUGCUUGAGAGCGAUGCUUUUACGAUUUGUUUAUAAAACAAAUUCUCUAAAAAAGAUGUGGUGUUAGCGAUGGAGUAAGGAAAAGCCUCCCGUGAUCAAGACAGAAGGUCAACAAACAUUAAAUACAGCAUUGCUAACAGUCAGUAUACAGCGGAUAAAUCCAGUGGACGCAAUAUAAGUCCACCCCUGAGUGUAUAACUCUCGGGACAAAAUAAAAGCCCAUAUCAAUCAUAUGGUCUUGCUUAGAAAAAAGAUAAGAGAAGAAUUUUUGCCAUAUUUGGGCAUCUAUACUCAAACGUACGCGUGUAUAACAGAUGUUUUUCGCUGUCUGCUUCAUUGGCCUCCCUCUACAUGAAAUCAAAGCGAGAACUGUUGAUCUCUUGCGUUUUGCUCAAUAUUGGCGUAGCUCUGUAAACGUGCAUUAACAUCACUUUUUGUAAUAAAGUUGAAAUGACAGUUGGAAACGACAAAAAAGGAACAAAGCUCUAUGACACCCAUUGCAACACUGUCCAUGGAAGAAUUCACUCUGUUCCUAGCUAGAAAAGUCGACCUCAAUAGAAACCUCGACUAAAACUUUUACUGCGAAGGACAGUUUAGGAGCCCAGUGGACUUACGUUGCGUCCUCGAUCUUAUUUCAUCUGUUCCCGUCAUCGUACAGUACAUAAGAAGGGUAAUCGAAGGUUGAAUAAUGGACAUUUACUGAUUAUUUCAGGUUUACAAACAUGUUCAUACAUGUGGGAUCCAGUUUUCGAUUCGAAUGUCAAUCCACCGACAAUGUGUACAGGAUUUGCACAAAAUAGCUUUAGUACUGCACCAUCAACUUCGACAUCAAACCUAGUACAAUUGGUUGACGGAUACUCAGUGUAUGAUUGUCAAAUUCACACGGAUAAAACAACGAAUACACAAAUAACAUGUUAUACACCAGUGAUGCUAGAAAGUCUUUAUCAAAUUCGUGUAUACGUCAAUGGUAAUUUGAUUCCACUCUAUCAGUAUUACGAUCCAAAACAAGCAACAUUUGCACCAAGUUUAAGUCAGACACCAAUUAUCAGCGGAAUCAUACCACGCUCAGGCACACCUCAAACUCUAAUUAACGUCACUGGAGCUUGGCAAACAGCUUGUUAUUCUCGAGAUCUAGAUGGUUGUUCAGAAGACAAUAAUCCAUUGAUAACAAGGGUAUAUCUCGGCGGUCAUUUAUGCAAUCUGAUUAAUCCAUCGACAAGUGCACCGUAUACUACUCUUACAGCUACAAAUCUUGAGUGUAAUUUCGAAGGAUCAGAAGUCGGCUUGUUUAAUCUAAGCAUGUUAGUCAGCAAUCAAUAUGGACGAACGUUAGCUAAUUCAAAUUUAUUUCAAGUGAGCGGAAGCGAACAACUGUAUAAUUUUCAAAGCUAUGCCGCUAUAACAAGCGUUUCACCAAAUAAUGGAAGCACUCAAGGCGGUACUGUUCUCACAAUAAACGGACAAUACUUUGAUGAUAGUACACAGUAUCCAAUUCAAAUUAAUGUGGGCGAUCAACCAUGUAGCAUCCUAAAUAAAAGUCUAUCGAAUGCAAAUGCGCAAACGAUUACAUGUAGUACACCAAGUCAACCAACAUCAACUCAAAAUCAAUAUCACGGUAUAGUUUUUUCUAUCAAUUCGAUGAGUCGUUCUAUUUGUAUUUCCAUUCUUAUAAAUAUAAAAGUAAAGUACAGAGUUUUAUUGCUAUUUCAUGUGAGCAAUAACUUUAAGCGGUAUAAGAUUCUCGUCCCACCCUGCUUUUUCCAGAUUGCCUUUUACUUUCUUGUGCUACUACCAUAGCUCAAUGGUUUUUCUCUUUUCUUUAUAACAUUCAUCUAGCGUAUUACAGUUGUUUAGUCCUGAGCAGUUGAGUUAUAUAUAUACCGGUUCAAUUUGUAUUGAUCGUUUAGGUUUUAUUACUUUUAUUAUGUGUUUUGACGCGAAAAACGUUUUCUUUUUUCCUUUGGUCACUGUUUUGUGUAAAAUGUGCGCCUCAUGAUCUAGAGAACUACUUUACUUAGAAAAGUUCUAAAAACAGGAUAUUGCUCCUGAUAUACUCGAGAUUAACCAAAGCUUAUUCAUUUUUCGAGCAGUGGUCCACAUUUUGCGCCCUAAGAUGGAAGAAGUUAACGGAAAAUGUAUGUUGGACUUAGAAGUUUUCCAUACAUUUGUUGUCGGCGCCAUUUUUCAAGGAGAACUUUGAGAACAAAACAAAUUGUUUAAUUCUUUAUUACGAAAAGAAUUUUCAUUAGUGAGGAAAGACUAGAGGAAAAUUACGAAGAAAAAGAAGAUUCGUUGAUCCGAAUACGAUGACAUCAAGUUAUUGAUAAAUGAGAUUGUUAGGAAUAUUAGAAAAAAGAAAGCAAAAAAAGAUAAAUUAACUACCUUAAAUUCAUAAAAUAUCUCUCUUAGGUAUCUGAUGAAAGAAGAAACAAUAGCUUAGCUUUAAUUGUGCAAAGACUAACGGGUGGCGCAUAAAUAAACGCACUCCCGUAUUUUGAAUAUAACUCCGCCGGCUUUUAUCCUAUCGAUCCAAAUCUUUUUCCAAAAGAUUCCUUAUUGAAUUCUCUACAAAACCAUGCCAUA